AUGCUAUUUUUUAUUUUUUUAUCUUCUAUUAUUAUUGCUACAUUUAAUAUAGCAAAAAGUGAAUUAGAAUGCAAUUCAAAAUUUGAACUUUAUGUUGGUAAAUUACUUUACUCCUCUGUAUAUGAUCAAAUAUCAAAAUGUGAUAAAUGUGCAACACUUGAAGGAUAUAUAAAAGGUAACAAAGAAUUAAAAGGAACAUAUUCUGGAUGUCUUGAUCAAUUAGAAUGGAUAUUAAAUGAUUUUAUGCAAGAAAAUCCUUUUAAAAUUCAUGGAAUAUGUGGAGUAUCUGGAAAAGGAUAUUCAUUAGUAAAUGAAGAUUAUGAUUUUCAAAAAUAUAACAUUACAACAACAUGUACUUAUGAAGAAAAUAAUGAUGAUAAGUUUAUAGAAACAAGUAACCGAGAAUCAGGCCCUAUCCAAGCAGCAAUGGUUUCAAAUAAUAUAACAGAAAAAAGAAAAAUAACAAUAUAUAUGGUACUCUCAUCAAUCUUUCCAAUAAUAACCACUUUCUAUUUUACCACUUCUUGGUUAUUUGAAAAAUAA